UAUGUUACAUGUGUCCUUUUGUUGAUUGGCAUUUGUCUCAAGGGUAAGCAGGUCACAUCACUGUGCAAAUGAGGGCCAAUGAGAUUCUGAAAUCUGUUCUGUAUAUGCAACCUUUAUAUUUGCAAGGUACCUUCGGCAUAUGAAGCCUGAAAUCCCAGCAAAGUACUAAUGAAGACAAGCAGUACAAUACUUUGGAAGCAGAGCUGCUUGCUUCUUCGACAGGAGAAGAUUGCAAAACAGUGUAGGGGCAAAAGUGGCUGCCUGCUGACAAGUUCUUUUUCAUAGUCAGUAAAGCCAUUCAUCUUGGUGGUUGCUUCCUCUUCUGAUCACUCGUACACAAAUCAUGCAGUUUAUGAUCUUGGUCUCCAUGCAUGAACUGUAUUACUCCACAUUCUUAAGAUGAGAAAAUGCUUAGAUAUGCACAUGUAAAAGGAAUACACUAGUUUAUGAGUAUUUCCUUCAGGAUUCUUCUGCCCAUUCUUUUGUUUCUGGAGUACUGAGGCACCUCAUAAUGGAGAUAAAGAUGAAAGGAAUCUUCAAAGGUCUGAAGAUAAUAUCUCAAAUAUUCGCAAUGCACAAGCAGCAUGAGAUGGAAAUUGGGUGCCCCACAGAUGUGAGGCAUGUGUCUCACAUAGGUGUGGGCGCUAGUGAUUCAUGUCCAAGCUGGAUGAGUGAAUUCAGAGGAUUGGAAAAGUUGUCAGCAGGCUCCAUGACCAUGAGCUCCUUUUCGAAGUCAAGACAGACCUCCUGGGCAUCUCAAGAUUUUGAGCAACCACCAAGAACCACGUUUCCCACAGGAUCCUGCCCAGAGAACUCCGGCCAGGAGGCCGCCGGCUGCUGCCAUGACACCCCAAGAGGCCCCAAGAACCCGAGGAGGAAGAAGGCGGCAAGAGCAUCAUCCUUCUCCUCGUCCGCGACUUCCUUCAUGUCAAGGUCAAGGUCGUCCUCGUUCGCAACAGCAUGCGGCGAUUUCGGCCAGCUGCGUGGCGGCCUCCAAGUCGCCUAGUCUGAAUGAGCUCCUAGUUUGCCGUAUGCUUUUCUUGUGCUGUUCAAGCAGGAGCACAAUAAAAUUGCUUGAAAAGGAUCAGAUGAACAUUGCUGAUGUAUGCUAAGCUUCUAGAUUAGGGGCACGUGUAAGUGUGAUGUGUCCAUGACUGAACAAACCAUGUUUUGUACUACUAGUAUGCUUGAGUUUUAGCUAUUCUCAAGAAGUUUGACCCAGAAAUUAUGGACACGAUG